UUCUCUCUUUCGUAGGCUUGGGACUUGAGAUCUGGCAAUGCUCCUGCUCUUCCGCAUGGCCAUUUACGUUGGGUUCCCACAAACUUCACAGGACUUCCUUACAUCCCAUGCCGCUGCCUUCCCUCCCCCUCCCCAAAUACAACCACAACACUGUUACAAUUACAUGCAGAUCCACCCCAACAUGUUUCUCCUCGAUCACCAGCUUGAUCAUUAUAUCACAUUGCAGGGUGAGAACCUGAGCAUGAAAUUGCAAGAGCAGAGGAAGCGACAAGUGGCGACGAUAUUGAGCACCGUGGAAUUGAACGUGCGAGAUUCGAUGGGUCAAAAAGAUGAAGAAAUUGCUAGCGCGGCAAAGAAAAGGAUGGAGUUAGAAUGUCUUUUAGACAGACUAGAAGCAGAGAAUCAGGCAUGGCGGAGAGCUGCUGUGGAGAGCGAAGCCUUGAUAUUAUCCCUGAAUAACUCUCUGGAGAAGAUGAAAGAAAAAGCUCACUCUAGUUUCAACAAUGUAUUGGCACAUGACGCACAAUCCUGCUGGGACGAGAGCGGAGGAGAUUACCAGCUGAUGGAAGGAGAAGAAGAAGAGACAGUGGGAGAGAUGACUGCUUGCAAAAGUUGUAAGUGUGGGGUGUCGAGCUUUUUGUUCCUUCCUUGCAGACACCUUUCUUCGUGCAAAGCUUGCGAGCCUUUUCUCCAGGCUUGCCCUGUCUGCACGAUGCCAAAGAGGGCCAGCAUAGAGGCUUUGAUUUUCUAGGCUUAUUUUCCGGGAAAAGUAAAUACAUGUACAUGGCAUGAUGGCAACCACCGAAAAGAACAGAGAAUCAUAUGGAUGAAUCAUUUGAUCAUAAAUUUCCUUUU